AUGGAGAGCAGGAGCCGCGAACCCGACGCAGUGCAUGUGGCGCUGCGAGUGGUGUCGCCGUCGGGGGCGCGUGGUGGCAGCGCGCGCGUCCUGUCCGUCAACCGCCACCCGCCUUGCGUGAGCUACACACCGGGCGGUGGGGCUGGGAGCUCAGCGACGGUGUUUGGCGCCGAUGCGGUAUACUCGGAGGCCGACUCGAACAAGGCCGUGUAUGCCUCGUCCGUUCGUCCGCUUGUUGCUGCCGCCCUCCAAGGCGCCUCGGGCCUGCUGGCCGUCCAUGGCCGGACAGGGACCGGCCGCUUGGCCCUGCUGUGCGGGACCGGCGACGGCGGCGACCGAUCCAUCAUCCUGCGCGCCCUGCAGGACAUCUUCUACUUUCUGCGCAAGCGCGCAUCCGUCGAAGCUGCUGCCUCACCCGCACCGACCGGCAUGGACUCGGUCGGCUUUGCCCUCCACGCCUCGCUGCUGCAGGUCGGUCCGGGCGAGGAGCUCGUCGACGUUUUGCGCCCGGCAUCGGGUUCGCUGCGCCUAGUCGAGGCCCCCGCCGGCGAUGCCAUGGAAGUCGAGGGCCUUUCGCUUCGCCCGCUGGCCAACCCGGGCGACAUCGAGCCGCUCCUCGCCCGCCUUGCCCGCCGGACCAAGGGUGAGUCGGUCGAGCACCGCAAGGCCUCGUCGGUCGUCCUUAUCCUCACCAUCGCCCAGAGUCAGACCUCGCGCGCACAGCGAACCCGCUUUGUCACCACAUCCAAGCUCGGGUUCGUCCUCCUACCGUCGGCAGAGGUUGCCACCGCACAGGUUAACCGUUCGCUCAACGCGCUCCGCGCCGUCCUCACCCUACUUCGCUGCCACGCUCGCGAGUCACCCGACGCUACGCUUCUUGUCCGCUCCAUCCCUUACGCAUAUGCCAAGCUCACUACUGCUCUCAAGGAUAUGCUAUCACCAGCGUCUCACGUCGUGCUCAUCGCCACCGCAUCGGAUGACGACAAUCAGCUCGACGCCUCGCUCGCCACCUUGCUCUACGCCUCGCGUGUUGCCGCACCACUCUACGGCUCGGAUCCGGACAUUGGCGAGCUGCUCGGCGGUUAUGGCAUGCCCCAUGGAGCACCCGGCUUUGGCUCACCAGCGCAGAGGCAGCAUCCGGCAGCGGGUGACUCUGUCGACGGGCAGCUAGGUUUCGCGGCGUCUGGGGCCGGUGCCAGCUUUACUUCGGAGCCGUCAAUGGCGGCUGCGCUCGACGCCGCAACCGUCGACAAUGCCACUCUGACUAAGCUGCUUGCGGCAUCACAGGACAAGCUCGCCGCCGCUGUCGAUGAAAGCCAGCAUGCACAGGCUGAGGCCAAGGACGCUACCGAGCGCCUGCGGGUCGAGUCGGAGCGGGCUGCGGCAGCAGCCAAGGCCCACACAACUGCCACCAAGCAGCUUGCCAAGUGCCGCAACGAGCUCAACUCGGCGAGGGCCACAGCCAAGUCGGCAUCGGCGUCGGCGGCCCAGGCCGAGGCUGACCGCGACGAGCUCACCGCGCUCAACGACGUGCUUCACAAGCAGCUUGGCGAUACUAUCAGCCAACUCGAGGAAGCGUCCGCGGUCAAUGGGCGGCUCGACGAGCGCAAUGCAACCCUCGAGGCCGAGGUCUCAAGGCUCCGCGCUGCGCUCAACAAGGCUUGCGACGAGCUGGAGGCUUCGCAGCAUCGUGAGAUCACGCUCUCGCAGCAGCUGGCGGAUGCUCAACGCGAGGCGGCAUCCAACCAUGACGCGCUCACGUCUGCGUUGGCAGAGCUGGACAUGCUCUCGGCGCAGCACAAUCAGGCAGUGGCCCGCCUCGAUGAGGUCAAGCACCAUGCCCAGUCGACAGCAGCCGAGACUGCGAAUCUGCGGUCGCGGCUGGAAGCCUCGGCGCUGGCAACAUCGAUGGCGUCACAGUACCGCGACCGUGCCGCUACUGCCGAGGAGCUGCGCGAAGAGUUAAUGCGGGUUCAGGCCAAGCUGACCCGGACUGUCAACUACGCGCGGAACAUCGAGGACGAGAAGGACAAGGCUGAGCAUGUCAUUAUGCAGAUGCAGGCCCAGCUUGACCAGGCUGAGCGCAAGCUUCAGCGGGUCGCCAUCCGGGUCGAGGCCGAGGUCGAGGACCAGAUUCAGGGCAUGCGCAAGAAGCUCACCGAUGCCAACGCCGAGAUCGAGCGGCUCCACCGCAAGGUACGGGAAGAGGAGGAGCGGGCCCAUCGGGCACAGACGCUGCAAGCAACCGACCCGAUUCUUGACCGCCAGAUGUCACAGCUUAAGAUGGAGCUGCAGGCCGAGACCACACGGCGCGAGCAAGUCGAGUCAGAGCUCCGCGACGCCCGCAAGGCGCUGCAGGAGCUCAAGACUCAGCACGAGAUCGUCUCGCACGAUCUCGAAUCAAUGAGUCGCAAGCUUGACCACCGUCAGGACGCCCUUUCUGCUGCCGUGAGCGACAAGAAGACGAUGGCGCAGGAGCUGGACUCGACUGCCAAGGCACUGGCUCAGGCAAGCCGCGAGCGCGACGCCACCGCUGCCGAGCUCAUGGCGGCAUCGGCCCGAAUCGCGAGCUUGACGUCCGAGGUUGAGGCUGCUGGCGAAAAACUCGCUGACCGCGACGAGAGCGUGCGCCGCCUCGAGGCUCAGCUAACCAAAGCUACCGAUGCGUCACUGGCGUCCGAGAAGAAGGUGUUGCAUCUCGGCAUGCAAGUCGAGCACUCGGCGGCGACGGUCCAGCGACUGAAGGACGAUCUUGCGGCGGCGAAGGCGACGGCGGCAGAUGCCCAGACCGCGACUCACCAAGUGACCAAGACCCGCGACGAGCUGGCAGUUCAGCUCUCGUCGUUGACAGCCCAGCUGGCUGCUGCUGAUGAGCAGUCCAAGCGCGAUGCGGCUGCCAUUGACGAUGCCGCCGUCAAGCUUGCGGCUGCACUUGCGGCGCACGACGAGACCAAGACCGAAAUUCGUGAGCUGCGACACGAUCUCGACGCCGCUCAGAAGACCGGAGCAUCGCUUGCUCGCGAACUGGCAGCAGCGCAGACCACGGCCGAAAAGGCAGAGGCUGCGCGCAAGGCUGCGGUAGUGGCCGCGGCCGCAGCAAGCGACGAAGCCCGCGGGCUCAAGUCGGAACUUGCAACUACCGAGUCGCAGCUGGGCAAGCUUGCGGCGCAGCUUGAUGCGGUUCGCGAUGCGAGCCGUGACGCCAAGGAGCUGCACACUGCGCUUGCCGCUGAGCUCAAGGACAAGACCGCCGAGCUUGACGCUGCAAAGUCGAAGCUGAUGCAGUUGGAGAACAAGGUGGUACUCGCUGAUGACAAGGUUGCACACGCGCACGAAAGCAUCGCGGACCUGAAGGCAGCACUCGCGAGCAGUGAGGCCAGGUCCGACUCGCUGGCGGCGUCCAAAGACGAUGCACUCUCCAAGCUGCGGACUCGCGAGGCUGAGCUUGCCGAAGCUCGCCGGGCCAACGACGUGCUCAGCCGUGACAGCGAGGCCGUGAUUGCGGCACGCCGCGAGCUGGAAGAGACACUGCGCAGCGUGCGCGAUGAGCUCGGUGAGGCGCGGGCCGAAGCAUCGCGGAGUGCCGGGCGCGUGACGCACCUGGAGCAAGACCUCACUCACGCCAACUCGCGGAUCGAGAGCCUGCGGACUGUAGAGGAAAAGGCGGCGCGUCUGGACGGGGAGGUGGCUCAGCAAAAGGCGGAGCUGCAGCUGGCGGCCGGACGCAUCGAGUCCUCGUCGCGAGCGGCGUCCGAGUGGGAGGGCAAGGCCGAGGCGCUAGUGCGCGAGCUGGCUGUGGCGCGCGACGAAGUUCGCGAUGUCAAGUUUGAGCUCCGCGAGUGCCAGACCGCACGCGAGAAGACCCACGCCGAGCUUGAUGCUGCUCUGCGCGCAAGUUCGCAGCUCGAGCACAAACUCUCGGCGGCGACUGACAAGGUGGCAAACCUCGAGCAGGCGCUGCGCGAGGCUCGGGCUCAUGGCGAGAGCAUGCGCACUAGCCUGGAGCGCAAGAACGCGGAGACGGGUGCGAGCCUAGACGCGUCGCGGGCAGAAAACGCCCGGCUCGAAACUGCGCUGGCGGGUCAAAAUGCGGCGGUGCGCGAGUGCCAGGCUAAGAUCGAGACGCUCAACGAGGCGCUGCAGGCAGCCAAGAUGCAGCAUGUGGAUGUUGCGGCACAGGCGUCUGCGGCACAGGCCAAGGUCGACGGCCUCCGCAACGAGCUUGAUGCUGCGCGGGGUGCAGCGCGCGACGCGCAGUCGGCAGCCAAGGCCAAGCUGGCAGCUUCGGUCCGGGCUGCGGACGAAGCAGCAGCAGCGGCGGCAAGCAAGCUUGCGGCGCGCGAGUCGGAGCUCGACUCACUUGCCAAGGCCCGGUCGGAGAUGCAGCAUCAGCUGAGCAAGCUGCGGCUGGAGUUGGAUGCAGCGCGGCAGGAUGCCGUGCGCGAGGCGGCAGCAGUUAGUGCGGCUGAGAGUCGCAUUCGCUCGCUGCAAGACGAAGUGGCACAGGCAAAUGAGCGGGUGGCACAGGCGCGCGAUGAAGCCGCAAGCAUGGUCAUGGCUCACAAAGAGGCACAGUUUGCGGCCGACCAGAAGGCUGCACGCGAGCUGGGCGCGGUCCAAGUCGAGCUGGCGACGACCAAGGCUGCGCUGCAGAGCUUGACCGAGGCAUGCAACGCUGCAAGAGCCGAGGCGCAGCGAGUGCCAGACCUCGAGCGACAGGUGGCAGCGCUGACCAACCAGGUGUCGGCGCUGCGGCAGGCCGAGGCGCGGGCACAAGCAGCGGUGAUGCAAGCCGAGUCCAAGGCGGCGACGUCCGAGUCGCUGGCGGCGUCGCUGGCGCCACUGAAGGAUGCCGUAGCAGAUGGCCUCGCCACCAACGCACAGCUCCACGCCAAGAUAGCGGAUCUCAACGAGACAAUCCAGGAACUGCGGAGUGGGGCAGCGAGCUCUGCGAUCGAGGUCGAGAGCAAGCAGAGCCAGCUGGAGAGCUUGGACGAGAAGCUGUCCCAGGCGCUGGCGCACCUCGAAUCCGAGCGUGGCACCGUGGCUGCACUCCGCGACGAGCUGGAUCGGACCCGGCGCGAGGUCGACGCGCUGCGGAGCGAGAGCACCAGCCGCGAGCGCGAGGUGCGCGAACUGGCAUCCAAGGCUGCAGCCGCAGAGCAACAGGCAGCGUUUGCACGCGAGAGCUUGGCAGCAUUGGAGAAGGACAAAUCAGAGGCCGUGGCUCAGGCGCGCGAGGCGACGAUAGCGCGUGAGACUGCGAUGCGCGAGGCGGCGACGCUGGCUGCGCAGCAAGCGCGGCACGAGGCCGAGGCUGCGCUGAUGAAGGUCUCGUCGGACAACGCUGCUGACAAGCAGGCAUCAUGCGCCGCCGAGCUAGAGCGGGUGCGUGAAGAGGCACGGCGUGCCACCGACCGAGUGACCGGCCUGGAGACGACCAACGCGUCGCUGCAGGCCCUGGUCAAGCAGCUGGAGGCAAGCCUGGGCGAAGCCAAGGCGGGAAGCGAGAGCGUGCGCACGGAGCUUGUGCAGAUGAAGGCGGCGUUGGACGAGGCACAUGGACGUGAGCUUGCGGCUAAGGAGGCAGCAGCAUCGUUGAAGCUGGAGAUGGCGACGCAGGGGGCGCAAGCCCAGCUAGCGAUGUAUGAGUCGCAGGCGCGAGCCGAGUCGUCCAAGGCCAAGUCGGCCGAAGCGCUGUCGAUGCAGCUUGCGGCGGCCGAGGAACGGGCCCGUGCGCUCAACUCGGAGUUGCAGCGCAAGAGCGACGAGGGAGCCUAUGCUGUGUCGCAGAGCGAGAACCUCACGACGCAGGUCCAGUCGCUGCGGGCCAGGGUGACCGAGGCUGAGCGGCAGGUUUUGGAGGCCAACGCGGCGACGCGCGGCGCGGCAGUCAAGGCGGAGCGGCUGGAACAGGAACUCGCGGUGAAGGAGGCAAUGGUGGUGCAGCUGAGCGCUGAGCUCGAUGGAGCGCAGUCACUGCACGCGCGGGCGGCACGACUGGAGGAAAACGUGGGCUCGCUGUCGGCGCUGCUGGCCGAAGCCGAGGCGCGGAUUGAGACUGAACGGUCGCGGGCGGCGCGGCUUGGCGAGUCCGAGGCACAGAGCGUGACACGGGUAGCGGCGCUGACGCGUGAAGUGGCGCAGGUACGCGAGCGGGCAGACCGCGCCGAGGCCGAGCUCGCGCUCGCCAAGCGAACUAUCGACGAUCUCGACUCGUCGAAGCGGCAGCUGGCCGUGCAGCUUUCGGAGGCGUCGAUCACGUCGACGCGGCUGGACGCAUCGGUGUCGGAGGCGCGGACACGGACCAUGCAGAUCGAGCGAACAUCGCGCGAUGCCACGACACGGGCGCAGGCGGCCGAGCAGCAGCUCGAGCGGGUGCGGGCGCAGCUGGUUGCCGCCGAGGCACGAGCCGAGGCGGCCGAGCGUGAGGCAGCCGAUCUCCGGCGAGAAAUGGUGCGGGCGACUAGCCAAGAGCAGCAGCUGGCGGCGACGUCGGACGAGGCGCGGCGGCUGCAGACCCGAGUUCGUGAGCUGGAGGCGCAGCUGGUGCAGGCCGAGGCGGCGGCGGCAAGCGCUCGGUCGGAUCUGGCGACGCAGCGGCGCGAGAGCGACGAGCUCCGCCGGCAAGUCGACCGGCUCGAAAGCGAGGUGGCCCGCAUUCAGGAUCGAGCGUCUCACCUCCAGAUGACCCUUCUCGAGCGCGAAUCUGAGCUCGCGGCAUCUGUCCUCGCCACUCGGCAGAUGGAGGACGAGCUGCACAUGGAGCGGAUGCAGCACUCGCGGAUCCGUGACCAGAUCGAGCUUGCGGUUUCUCAGAUCGACUUAAAACGUGACAUAUGA